UCCCCUUGAGGGGUCCAGGGUUGCGAAGAAUAAUGCUGGGAGAGGCAGAAGGCUGCAACUAAACAAGUCACCAUCAAUGGUCUGGAACCCCAACUAACGACAGACCUGUAGAAAUGGAGCACUAUCACAGCAAGCAAGGACAGCAAGCCGACCAUCAAGACCCAGCCCAGCCAACCCAGUCAGACAACCAAUUCAACAGCGUGCUGGUAGAUGAGCUGGACAUGCUAUUGACCCAGGCAGCCUCCAUUAUUCAUUCGUCUAAAGCGAACCAUCCAAAGCACCAAAGAUCCAGUUCCCAGGAUGAGGCCACACAGAAUAUGUAUGAUGCCUGGCACCAUUUUAAUACCCAACAACGUUUGGAAACUGCCCGGGUCUUGGGACAUUGGGAGCAUGAGCGACAGCACAGCCUGAGUGUGCCAGAGGGGAGAAGUAGGGCACUACCAGAGUCUGUGCAGUGCUGGAAUCCAGGGAGAUCAUCAGAAAACCCCCAGGAGGUUCUGAAGAGCCAGUUCUGUCUUUUGAACAGACAGAUGACUUUGGCAUUAAUGGUACCUUCUCAGGAAAAUCUUGGAGCGGGAGUAAGUAAGAUCCCAAUCCAGAAACAAGUGGGGGCUGGAGGGGCUGAAGCCUCAAUCCAGCAACAGCUAGGGGCCAGAGUGUUUGAAGUCCUGUCCCAAGGACAAGCGAUCAAGAAUUCAGUCCAGGAACAGCUGGAGGCUAGAGAGAUAAAGACCCUGUCCCAGGGACAGCCAAGAGUCAGAGAGCCUCGGAUGCCAACUUGGGAACAGUUGGAAGAUAGAGAAGUUGAGUCCCGGUCCCAGAGACACUCGAGGACCAGAGAGACACAUUCUCCAUCUUGGGAACAUCUGGAAGAUAGAAAAGUUGACUCCUGGGCCCAGAGGCACUCGGGGGCCAGAGAGAUGCAUCCCCAAUCGAGGGAAGAAGUAAUUAAUGUCUGGUUCCAUGAACCCUCAGGGUUCAGUGAUGCUCCCACACCAUCCUGGGAACAACCGGGAGCUAGAGAAGUUGGGUCCUGGUCCCAGGGACCCUCAGGGGGCAUAGAGACUUCUUCACCAUCUUGGGAAGAAGUGGUUAGGAUCUGGUCCCAGCACUCUUCAGGCGCCCAAGAGAUUCAUUUUCCAUCCUGGGAAGAAGCAAUUAAGAUCUGGUCCCAGGAGCCCUCGGUGGGCAGCGAGACUCAGACACCAUCUUGGAAACACCUGGGAGGUAGAGAAGUUGAGUCCUGGUCCCAGGGACAAUCAGGGUUCCGAGUGACUCCUAUAACACCUUGGGAAGAAGCAAUUAAGACCUGGUCCCUGGGACACUUAGAGGCCAGAGAGACUCCUACAGCAUCUUGGGAAGAAGUAAUUAAGACUGGGUUGCAAGAGCCCUCAGGGUCCACAGAAACUCCUACAUCACCUUGGGAGCAGCUGGGCACUAGGGAAGUUGAAUCUUGGUCCCAGGAACACUUGGGGACUAGUGAGACCUAUACACCACCUCAGAUGCAACUGAAACUUAUAAACCCCUGGCCCAUUGCCCAGUCAUUUUUGGCAUCUUUGAUAUCGAAGGCUUUAACUCAAAGAGAAGUUAAAGAUGCCUUGAUCAAAAUCUUGGCCAGUGAGGUGUUGGGGACUUACGUAGCCAAAGCUCUGCCCCAGAGGAUGCUGAAGCCUGCUUUGAUGAGAGCCCUAUCCCAGAAGGACCUGGGAAACACCAUUACUAAAGCUCUCUUCCAGCCCAAAGUAAGGGUUCGGGUAGCAAAGACCUUGUCUCAAGGGGAGCUAGGAGCUGCUUUAUCCAGGGUUCUCAUGCCAGAGGAGAAAGAGGACCUGAUCCAAGCCAUACUCAAAGGGGAGCUGGGAUCGAUGGUCAUCCAGGCAUUAGCCAAAGGGAUCCUGGGAGUUAAUGUGAAUAGCUUCGUCACCCUGAUGACCCUCGCCCCCUCCGAGAAGAUCCCGUGCCCAUCGGAGCAGUCUUUGAGGACUGCGUCAGGUGGGAUUGUCUCACGUCCAGCCUAUCAGUUGCUGAGGAGGAAGGAAAUUGUGAAAGUACCCCAGAGGUUCUCAGAAAGGGAGGAGUCCCCACUCUCUGUAGCUAGUUGGAUGGAUUUGGAAGCAAACCCAACUCAGAAGAUUAACGAGGAGCAGCUCUGGGCUAUCCUGGUGAUCCAGUCCUAUUUCAGGGGCUUCAAGGUUCGGCAAAAUGUAGCCCAGCAGCAUAUGGCAGCUACUUUCAUACAGUCCAUCUGGAAAGGCUUAAUGGUACGACGAACCUUGGGCAGGCACAACACUGCUGCCAUCAUCAUCCAGGCAGCCUGGCGGGGCUAUACCACCCGGAAAUCCAUGACCUGGGACCAGCUCUCCACCUCCCUUGUUAAGAUCAUCUGCUGCCAGGAGAAGAGACCCUUAGGACACUGCCACCUCCAGCCAUGCCAAACUGGCUCUUACGGCACCUGUGGGUCCGAGCUCCCAAAUACGACUCUGGGCCAGAAGAUAGAUGGACCACCCGGCCUGGUACUGUCGACGUGUAUGGGAUCCUGUUGCCCUGACGCAUGUGGGUGCUCUACAGACACCGACAUUGCAUGCAGGAAGGGUAGAGGCCCCAGGCUGGAGAGUGGAAAACUCAAGGAGCACAAGGAGCCUGAGAAACCAAGCAAGUGGAAGCAAUUGGCGAAUGCAGCCACGGUGUUGCAGGCUGCCUGGCGAGGGUACCAGGCUCGGCGGGCUCUGUGGUAGCAGCAGAGGGCAGUCCCCAUGACGCAGGUUGCCUGGAGGGAGUUUCACAAUCAGAAUGAGCUGGUCUAGCAGGUGCAGGCGAAGGAGGAGUAUGCUCCCUGGGACCCCUGAAGUACAAUGUGCCUGUGGCUUAGGACUGCACUGCACCGUUCUCCAUCUACCUGCCACAGUUUGUCUGAGCUGUAAUAAAAGAAUCGCAACCCAUCUGGGACGUCUCUGAG